UUUUGGAUUCUUUUUUUUUCUUCUUUUUGUUAGGCAAGCGCAGUGAAAGUGAAUGUGCACACGUGGAAACCCGAGAUUGACAUGCGGUUUGGUCAAUGGGAGCUCGUGAGGGUGACGUCAGCUGACCUCUGUCAACCAAUGAAAACACUUAAAGGGGGAACGGGGUUGGUGGGUGAAGAUGCGAAACGGUUCGUAAGAGACGAAGAAUUUGAGGAGAAAGUCAGUGUUUACUUCGAUGAGGAAAUUGUGUCAAAUCAUGGAAAAUUCAAGAUGUUUUAAUUUUUAUCUUAACUAACUUUUUCUUUUGACAUUUCCAGAGACAAAGCCGCUUUGGGGUUCUCUGUCAUGGGGAGCUUCAAGGGCCACGCCCUUCCCGGGAGCUUCUUCCUACUGGGCGGCCUCUGGUGGACAGCCAAGUACUCGCUGUGGCACGCCGCCCGUCGAAACAAGACCAUCGGUUCUACCCGGUUGAGCAGCAGAGCGGCGCAACGCCGCCUGGAGAUCUUCGAAAGCUCGCUCGUCCUUUUCUUCUCCUUCGUGGGGAUGCUAGCAGAGCAGUUCUUAGCUGACGGGCCAAAACUCCGGCUGUACGACUCUGCAGAGAACCAAUGGAAAGACCUGAUGAACUGGCAACACGCCACCAUGUAUCUCUUCUUCGGCCUGGCGGGAUGCGUCGCCUUGAUAGUGCACACGACCGAGGCCGCCCCCCUCGCCCUCGACAGGAUGAUGAUGGCUAUCGCUUUCUUUAACGAAGGGUUCCUCUUCCUCUACCACCUCCACGGCCGGACCACGCUGGAUGUGCACUUGCACAUGCUGCUGCUUUACGCCGUCUUCGGCGGGGCCGCGGUGGCCUUCCUGGAGCUUUUCUACAGAGGCAACAUCCUACUGGAGCUGUUACGCUGCACUCUGACGCUGCUGCAGGGUAGCUGGUUCUGGCAGAUCGGCUACGUGCUGUACCCUCCCAGUGGUGCCCAGUGGGACCCCAAGGACCACAACAACAUGAUGUUCAUCACCAUGUGCUACUCGUGGCACCUUGCCUUCGCCAUGCUCAGCGUAGGCGUGCUCUACUGCUUGGUCAGCUGCGCCGUUCGCACACGACUAAAGAAGACCCCCCCGGUGGAAAUGGGCCUUCUGAAGCGGAGUGACAAAGACCCCGAGUCUGAGGAUGAGGCGGUGUGACCCCCCCACCACCACUGUGGUGCGACUCAUUUAAAAUCAGGGAAAGGACGUUUGAGAUGCGAGGAGAAUCAUGACUGCUUUUGUGUAUUAUUCCAGCUGCUCUAACUGCUUUUCGUAGCUUGUACUCUCAGGGCCCAUUACUACAGUAGCUAGUUUUACAUUUAUAUAAUAUUUCUCUUACGAAAGUAUUAGGAGGAUGGUGCCCUCCUUUGUAUUUUAUACUUUUAAUUCAUGUCGUGACACUUGAGCAUAUCCAUGUCGUAUUUGAUCACGAGCAAGCAACAUGCUUCUAUUUAUGUUCCUGACAAAAGUGUUUA